AUGAUCGCUGUUAUACGUUUCAUCUAUCGUCUAUUAUCUUUUCUUGGGAAAGAAAUGGAGGGGUAUAGAAGGAAGGAUGAGGUCUGUCCACAGUUGCUUGAUUUGAUUCCAAAAGAGAGAGAAUGGGUUGUGAAAGGAGAAGAAAAAAGAAGCCAUGGACUUUCAGAGGAUAAAAAGCUCGAGCUAAGGCUUGGUCCACCAGGCGAUGACUGGACCACCAAAAAUACUUCCAAAACCAACCCUGUACAAGGAGAUGAGUCUCUUCAUACUAUUGGGUACCCAAACACCUCGUCUAGUGCAAAGAGAGGGUACAUAGAAGCUAGUUGGAUCAUGAACAACAAAGGAAGCCAAAGCCAGAAAUUUUCUUCUUCUGAGAGUCCAACUGAGACUGUGUUGCCAUCUCCAUGGUCAUCUUCAGGUAAUUACCAGGUUAAAGCCCAGCAACAGCAGACAAAGGCUCCAUUUCUUCAGCUCAAAUCAACCCCACAAAGCUUGCCUGUUAUGGCAAAGGAAUCGUCACAGCCAUGUUGUACUAAAGUGGUAGACUUGCAGAGUGCAGAAAAGAAGACAUUUUCUCCGGCGCCUGCAAAUACAGCUGUGCCCAACAGCUCUCAGAAAAGGUACGUAGCUCCCCAGCUUUAUGUUUAUUGUUUUCCUUUUGGACACAGGACAUUCACUAUUUNAGAGAGAGAAAAGAGAACCCACUUUUACUGA